CCCUCCCUCCCUCCCUCCCUCGUCGCCGACUCGCCUCUCUCCGCGCCAGGCAUGGCCCCCAGCACCGUGGCCGUGGAGCUGCUCAGCCCCAAAGAGAAAAACCGACUGCGGAAGCCGGUGGUGGAGAAGAUGCGCCGCGACCGCAUCAACAGCAGCAUCGAGCAGCUGAAGCUGCUGCUGGAGCAGGAGUUUGCGCGGCACCAGCCCAACUCCAAGCUGGAGAAGGCCGACAUCCUGGAGAUGGCCGUCAGCUACCUGAAGCACAGCAAAGCCUUCGCCGCCGCCGCCGGCCCCAAGAGCCUGCACCAGGACUACAGCGAGGGCUACUCGUGGUGCCUGCAGGAGGCAGUGCAGUUCCUCACGCUGCACGCGGCCAGCGACACGCAGAUGAAGCUGCUCUACCACUUCCAGCGACCCCCGGCCGCGCCCGCCCCGCCCGCCAAGGAGCCCAAGGCGCCGGGCGCCGCGCCCGCGCCCGCGCUCACCCCGGCCAAGCCCGCCGCCGCCGCGCGCCAGCCGGCCUGCGGUCUCUGGCGGCCCUGGUGACCCGGCAGGACCUGCAGGUGGCGCCCCGACGGCCAGAGAGCCAGCCCGUUCCUCUGGCGCGUGGGCAAGAGCCUUCCCAUCCGUCUGUCCCGCCCGGGGCUUGGGCGGCCCCUUCUUCGGAAGGCCACUCUCCGGGCUGGCUGGCCAGCAGGAGAGUCAUUCUCAGAGAAUGUGCGCGCAGAGUCCUUGUCAUUUAGGACAAUUGGGGGCCAUGUCUUGCCAAGUGUCUGACCCCAUGGGGUCGUUCUGUGUUUGCAUUUCAGCAAGUGGCUUCUGGGAAGCCCCCGCCGCUGGUCUGGGGUUCUAUGAUAUUCGUAGACGCUGGGGCUCGCGCCCUAGCGUGUAGACGACGUUCGGGGCCUGUUGCUGCGGGGCCAGGGGCCUGGCGGGCGGGCGUGCCGUGGGCACAUUUGCCUUUUGUGAAGGCGGAACUCAAGGUGUAUCCUCAUAGGAAAGAGUGCCAGCCUGCAGGCGCAGAGGACCACACAGCCUGGCCGCAAGGCCCCUGCAUGUGACUGGCUGUUGGGAUGGGGCUCACCAUGGGCUGUCUGGGGAGGGGGAUGACCAUCGCAGUCCUCAAAGGAUUCCUCUGUGUGGGCGGGUGCACGUGGGCUUGACUUUGUACUCAGGAUUUGAACUUGGUCACGUGGGAGCCCAUGGGACUGCUCUGCAGACUUCUAAUAAAAUCUGAUUAUUCAGCCCUC